AUGGAUGCGGAAAGUGAACUCAAGGGAACGAAGAAGGAAUUUUUUGUUGGAGAUGUUGUUCCGUUCAGUUGUUGUAACCCUUCAAAAGCUCGACCAUGCAUAACGUCAUUUUAUACGAACGGCAGUAGGCAUAAACACUACCAACCAGAUACCGACAUGACAAUCAGCAAAAGGGGUUGUGGAGAAGGAGUUUCUGCUGUAGUUGGAUACUGGUUGAGAGUAUUAGGCAUUGUUUGCUUAAGCUAUUUACCGGUAGAGUUUUUUGCUCUUCUGAUUUUCCGUGUUUUGGAAACGUCCUUGAACUUGGCAAUAUCGUGGGGCGAUCCAACACAACCAGCUCAAGGAUACAUCCUCAUAUGUGGAGUGCCUCCCGUCCCACCAGGGGCUUCUCUGGACCCUGAACAAUUGGCGGUCAGACAGCAGAUGCUUGAAGAGCUGGCUUAUAAUGAGGAGAACCUGAGUGAAGCUCUGAACAGGACGAUUGCAGCACGCGACCGUAUGUUGAUGGCAGAUUCACUAAAAGAUAGGACGAACAAUCACAGCACUAACGCCAGCAAUACAAAUUAUUCAAGGAACAUGAGAAGAAGAAGAAGAAGGAAUGUAAAAGAGAAAGAAAUGAGUAACAGUGAAAGUCUUGGUUAUGCCGGUUUUAAUCGUUUGAAAAAGAACGGUCGAUCAAACAGCCACUGGCACUCGCAAGAUCAACAUAAGAUUCGCUCGAACAAUAACAUCAACUUCAACAAAAUAAAUAUACAAUCCGACCAAAAAACUGAGAUAGAAAUUGAUGACAACAGCGAUAAUGAUGAUAACUGCAAUGAUGACGAGUAUGAUGAGUUGCUGGUAAGUGGAGAGAAGAGGAAGAAAAAAUUGUCAGCCGCAAGCAGUGAAACAAUAGGGACCAUUCCUCAAUUUUUCAAAAGCUACAAACAAGACUACAAGCAUCUUUCGCCGUCGUCCGAUGAUGACAACCAUGAUAGGGACAACAACGAUGACAACAACAACAACGAUGACAACAACAACAACGAUGAUGAUGAUGACGUCAUCAACAACACCAAUGAUGACGAUGAUGACAAGAGUGAUGAUGAAAAGCAUGAUGACAGCAAUGAGUGCAAACACAAUCUUGCCAAUAAUUGCCAAUGUGUUGGAGAGGAUAAUGAUAAAAUGAAUUGCAGUGAUGUGAAUUAUUUCGUGUCCAGUCGAAAACAGUCGGACAACAAUCUGAGUAAAAUCAGCUCCUUCUGUGAGAAUGCAGUUUUUCAAAACAGUGCUAAUGACGAAUUGCAUUUUAGGAGCAGUAUCGAAGACGGUUUUGAAAACAAAAAUGAUUUGUGCGGCAACAGAAUGUGGAAAUUAAACUUAAACGAAAACAAAUCACACUACUACGAUGACGACGAUAGCGAUGUCUAUGAUGAUAGAGACGGUGAUGAUGAUGAUGACCAUAACGUUCAACUCUACUCAGUGAAUGAUGAAAAUUGUGUUUGCUUGAAUCGUAACGACAUGAGAUUUGAAGAUAACAACAUUACAUCAAACACUAGCGAAAAUUGCAAGAACAUAGGUGAGGAAGUUGAUGACGAAACGGAUUGGGAUAAGUUGUCUAUCAACCGUCAACCAGUGAACUUGAUGCCUUACGAUUGCAUGAAUAAGAACGAUCGGGAAAGCUUGAAUUCGUCAGAGAACUUUACAAACAUAGAUCUCAAUCACUUAAAAGUUGACAGCCCUAUCAUUACUGAUAGAAGUGAUGCUUUUCUCAACAUUGAAGAUGCAGUUGAUGAAAAGGAUGCAUGUCUUUGGUUCGAGGAUGACAAGAAACAUGUUAAUGAUUUGGAGGACAGUGAGCUGGAUCAUGCUGAUGAAUACGUUCUUGCAAAUAGUGAAAUUGAGAAAAACAAUUCUUGUUUAACUCAUUCGAAUAAACUUAAAAAUUUGAGAGGUAUUCACGACAGGGAGGCCUUUCUACACAACACUCCCGCAAAUGGAAAUGUUGAAGAGGAAACUGAUGGGUCAAUAAAAUUAAUUUUUGAUAAUGGCAGAGAUGAAAAUUAUGGGAAUCAUAAAACAAGAAUAACCCAAAAAUGUGAAGUUACAGCUAAAUGUGGUGCUAACAACCAAAUGUUUAACAAUUUGAAAAACUUGAACGAUUAUGGAGAAAAUUUUUUUGAUUUUAAUUAUGAGGUCUUACCAUCGCUCUGUUCGUCCGCAUUUCUUGACCGACCGGUGAAUUUCUUCCAGAUGAAUACAAACUUGAACUGUUUGAAUGAGAGAAGUUACCGUACAACUUCAUACAAACAGCAUCAUUUCAACAACGACCAACAACUAUAUCAACAAAACAUAAAAAAUUGCUCAACAAAAACAUUUUUGCCUACAGUCAGCCAAAACAUACAACAACAACAACAACACAUAAUUUUCCAGAAUCAUUCAAACACUAAUUUUAAAUUUAAGGAGCAGCAGCAACCAAAUGAACACGACCACAUUGGCAGUGAAGACGUCUUGGUGGUCAAUCGGUUGGCAGAUGGUGAGAACCACAGGCUAUGUACUUCCAAUGAAAAAAACUUUACAAAUAAUAAUAAUUUACGAGGAUUAAAUUCUUUCCAUUGUUUGACGCCAAAAGUAGCACCGAGAGCAGUUGACCAUAAUCGCAAAAUUUUCUCCACGUUUUCAACAUCAAAAUCUAAAACUGUAUGCGAACCUUCACUAUUAGCGGAACGGUCGUUAACAACAACGCCUUCAAUAACCACAAUAACUACACUAUCAUUCGCUGCAACAGCUGCAACAACACCAACGUCAACAACACCAACAACAACAUCAUCAUCGACAUCUACUACUAGAUCAUCGUGCGUCAGCCACCAUUCACUACCUCGCAACUACAUUUUCCUUCAACGUAGAAAAACUAAACCAUUUAAUAAGCUACGUUUGUUGCAACAACUGAGAAAGCAUCAACAACAAUUAGAGAAUCACCACCACUACUUUUGUGAUAACCAACGUCAACAUUGUCAUCACCACCGCCAACAGCCGCAGUGUUAUCCGCAAAAAAAUCAGCAACUUCAACUUCUCCCUGAAAAUGCUUCUCAACAAACUCCCGGAAGCUUGAAUAUUUUUAAUGGCGACAACAUCACAUAUGAACGUUUCAACAAAUCCAACAACCGACUCAUUAACAUCAACAAUAACAACCAACUCGACAACAUCAACCAACUCAACAACAACAACAACAACAACCAUAUUAACAACCAUAUCGACAAUUACAAAAAUAGUAGGAUCCACAUUCAACACAAACUCCAGAUUGAUCAUCAGCCACAGCAGCCAAGCAAACAUCCAGCACCUCUUAUCCCAGUCACUAUGUCCAUCUUCAGAGAAACUUCUUGUUGA